UUUGGUCGCUGCUCGUCGCUCGUCGCUUUUCGCGCGGCGCUGCGAUGUCAUGAAAAACAUUUGAACGGCUUCCGUGGGCCAUCAGUUUGUUGGCAAUUCUCGAGCCCGUCGGAACACAAAGAAAACACAACGAUUUUCAGAAAUAUAUUCCGAAAUUAGAAAACAAUUCAAGAGCAAAAAUCUCAACACAAAAUCUCCUCCGACACUCAAGAAUAUAAAAGAGACACACAACAAAUGUUUAUCGGUCCAAAAGCCAAACAAAUUGUGAUGUGAUACGAGGCGGAUAAUUAGCGCGUCUUUUGAGUUUUUCCCUAAUUUUCUUGAUACCACCUUUCUGUUGUUAUUGGGUAAUCUUUUUAUGUUCAUGCGUUUUCCAAUUUUUUUAUGAGCUGCUAAGCGUAUUUAUUGCCGAGUGUUUUGGCGUGUUUUGUGCGCGAAGUUAAUUUAAAAUUUUUAUGCUUUCGCCAUUUAUGCGCGCCGUUUUUAUGUGCUAAGAGAAAUCAACAACAAAAGCAUAAAUAAAUAUUUUUGACCGCGAAUGAAAUUGAAAAUCGUGCACAUACGGACAGUCGCGAAAAUACAUAUUCACAUUUGCCAACUAAGUGGAUCCAUUCAUUUUGAAAUUAAACAAAUAGUGCAUUGACAUUGGCGCGCUGGCCCACAAAACACAAAGUCAAGGUGUUCUCUUGUUAACUCUUGUUAUUGUUGACACUAAAUGUUUAUGUGCAUUUAAAUGUGCGCGUGAAAAAUGCAUUUUAUUUGACGAAUUUAAACGGAAAUAUUGCUGUUAUUGUGUGUGCUUGCAAAAAACGUAAUAUUAAAAGCAAAAAAUCGAAACUGAAACGGCAGUUACUAAGGCCAAAAAAAGAUUUUGUUUCCUGCAUCAAACUCUAACUACAAAAAAGAUACUACGAUUUUAAAAAUCUCUAUAAUUACACGGUUAACAAAAGCAUCAAAUUAAAGUCAACUACGCGGGUCGGUUGUUGUUUACAAAGGAAUAAACCAUAAACUAUAUACGUGACAAAUAUAUAUAUUAAUAUCUGUAUACAGACACUUAAAAGACAAGCGUUAAAGAGGCUUUCAAAACUACAUUUAAUGUGAACUUAUUUUAAAACCAUAAACCAAUAAGCAACGUAAAUAUAUACAAAGGCUUCAAGAUCAAAUCAAAUGUGACAAAAGCGAAUUAACAAUUAGCCAACUGCUCAACCAAGUCAACUAAAUAAAUAUUUGUUAAUUACAUAAGCCAAAACCAACAAAAACAGCAACACUAUACAAAUAAAAGCAAACAAAGUUACAAAACGCCGCAAUUGAAAGCUUCCAUUUUGAACAGAGAAAUAUAUAUAUAUAUAACACACAUAUAGCUAAUAUUUAUGCAGCAUAUAUGAAACUAUAAAACGUAUAUAUAAAAGUUACUAUUUUCUAUAAAUUUAAUAUAAAUAAUAUACAAAGCUUAUUCUGUACGUGUACGUGUUGGAGACAAAAACAAUAUUUUAAAUAUUAAACAAAAGCCGAGUAAAUAUCAAUAUAACCACCAAACAUUGGAUACUCAAGUACAGUAUUUAUUGGAGACAAAACAAUAUUUUAAACUCAAUUGAAUUGACAACUCACAAAUGCUGCAAUAAGAACUACACCACACUACAAUAAAAUAUAGGCAAGUGACUGAGCAAAUCUAGAGAAAAACACUUCACUUUGGUCACACAAAUGCUGCAGUACCAGCAACCGCAACAGCAACAACAACAACAGCAACAGCUACUGCAACAGGAGCAGCACCAGCAACUGCAACAGCAACAGCAUCAGCAGCUACUGCAGCAACAGCUGCCACAGCAGCGACGGCAAACGUACAAGGAAUACUUGCAGCAGCAUCAGCAGCAAAAGCAACAGCAACAGCUGCAGCAACAGCAACAGAACAACCAGCCUCUGCGGAUAUUCCGCGUCCACUACAUCCGCCUGAAUUCCAAGGACGGCGUACCGUCGCUUAACCAGCAGGUCAAUGGUUACCCCAAUGGAUCCCCGAAUGGCUCCAAAAUGAAGACCAUAGCACCGAAUAUCCGCCGACGCCGGCGGUGCGAUAAGCACCAUUUGGAGCUCUACUGCAAUGAGACCACCACGCCGCCCACAAAUGUGCCCACAAAUACCAGUGGCAACAGUAGCGGCAGCAGCAGUAAUCAGUUGAAGCCCGGCGGCCUGAGGAUUCGGGAAUGCAUUACUGCACCCAGUACGGCGGCCAGUUCGCCGGUGGACGAGCACAUGUGCAUCCCGGCACCGCCCAUCACACCGCCGCCGGCCUUCCUCACCGAGGGCUACAAACGGUCGAGCACUUCGGUCUCCACUUCGGCUUUGCCCAGUGCCACCAGCAGCCAGGAGACCCAGACGCAGAGCAGUACCCAAACCCGGACCCACAACCAGAAUCACAUGCAGUGUAUGAAACCGAACCUGAUACGCCAGCAGAAGCCAUUUCCCGUAGUUGCCAAGCCACUGGGUCCGCAGAAGCCCAGGACGACGGCCACCAUUGCGGUCACGUUGAACAGCGGCUCCAACAAGCCACGUGCCACGGUCAAGAGGAGUUUAGAACCAAGAAAAGACAAGACUGAUGCACAACAACAACACGGAGGCAAUGGCACAAUAUCCACGCCCAACAUCGAGCAGCCCACCUGCCAGGGAUCGAUGCUGCCGCCCCCCGGAGGCGGUGGCCAUCACCAGGUGGACGGGAGUGGCAAGAUGGAGCGGCCCAACACGCUCGCCGGCGCCAAUAAGCUGACCCGUCGCGGGGUCAACAUCUGCUACCACAACGAGCACAUGUAUGGCGAAGAUGGAAAAAUGGUGGGUGGUCCGCCGGGCAGCACUCCGCCACCCUAUCCGGGUGGCAAACUACCGCCGGGCGUAAUGCUCAGCGAACUGCCGGAGCCGCCGAUUCCGCUGUCGGAGAUCGGACCGAUCCCACCGCCCCCGAUGUUCUCCACUCCGAGUCCCACGCUCAUCGCAGGACGACCGCACGGGCCAGGGGCCGUCAACGAUCAGGAUUAUCAGCAGGACUACGACUACGAUGAUAACGAUCCCGAUCAGGAUGAGCUUGACUCGGACGAUGAGUACGCCCCGUAUGGUGGCAACCAUGUGCGCAUGAUGGACACGCAGCGCGUCGAGGAAAUUCCAGCCAAAGAGCCCAAACCAAAUGCAGUUCCUCUCAAGUCGGCGCUGAAGAAGAAGGGCGGUAUGCAGCCCGCUUCCGCCUCCACGCCGGUCACGCCCACCCAGGAACAUGGAGCGGGAAGCGCGGCCACGGCGGCGGCCAUGGCAAACAGCAAUGGCGGUAUUGGCUCGAUGGCGGCAGCUGCCGCAGCAGCGGCCCAACAAUCCGCCAACCAACGACCGCUGGUCGUUCGCCAGGAUGCGGCGGGCAACAACUAUUCGCUCAAGCCAAUACUACGACCACGGAUUAGACUAUGCAGGCAGCAAAUGUUCAACAUCCAAUUGCCGUGCACCGUGGAGAACAAGGAGAACGCCCGGCCAUUUGUGAUACGCGAAAGCAGCAGCGAUAGUGACGACAGCGAUGGCCAUAUCGUCUACAGGGACGAGGACAACGACAACACCCGGCUGGCCAAACUGGCCCGCAAGGAGUCGCUGUCUCUGAAGCUGCAGCUCCGACCGGACAAGCAGGACCUGAUCAACCGCAACAUCCUGCACCAGGUCAACGACAACGAGCUCAAGGAGUCCAAGGAGGCGAUCGGGGCACGCCUCAUCCGCCGGCUGUCCAUGCGACCCACGGCCGAGGAGCUGGUCGAGCGCAACAUCUUGAAAACUCAAUCACCCGCCGAGGAGAAGAAGCAGAAGGAGGAGAAGAAGUCGUAUCUGUUGCGCAAACUCAGCUUUCGGCCGACCGUCGAGGAGCUGAAGGAGAAGAAGAUCAUCCGGUUCAACGACUACAUCGAGGUCACGCAGGCCCACGACUACGAUCGACGGGCGGACAAGCCGUGGACAAGACUGACGCCAAAGGACAAGGCCGCCAUUCGCAAGGAGCUGAACGAGUUCAAGUCCUCCGAAAUGGCCGUCCACGAGGGCAGUCGGCAUUUGACGAGAUUCCAUAGGCCAUGACGAUUGCAAUGGCAGCAACUUUCCAGCAAAUUACAACAGCAACCGAAGCAGCAAUUGUAUUUCAUGCAGCAUAAAAUUGUCAACAAAUGUUUAAAAGCAAAAAAUUAAGCCAGCAAACUAAAAACGAAGGAAACUUUCAACGCAAAAAAAAGCAAGCAUAGAAAUGCAAAAAAUUAAAAAAUGAAAAAAAUCACAAAAAAAGAGGAAGGAAACAUGAGAAAGCGAAAAUGAAGAUGGAAGGGCCACAUUCAAGAACAUAAUUGAUAAUUUAAGAUUUCUGUUGAUCAUAGCGAGAGUGCCGCUCGGUUUUCUAAUUUUAAGUUCUUUGUUUCACCUUCUUUAUUUGUUAAUUGUGUGUAAAUAAAUUCCUUUCGAUAUUCAUGCCAAUUUCACAACGCAAAUCAAAAUAUCAAUUCGUCUUUUGUAGAAAUGUUAAGUCGCUUUUUGAGUCAAGGCAAUUAUGUAUUAUAUUAUAUAAAAUUAAACGAUUAAAUAACAAGGAGAAACACUAAAUGAUAUUUGAUUAAAUAUUUACAUUAAAGAAAAAUGGCUGAGAAAAAUUCAUUAAAGCUUAGGCAUUAAUUUACACUUACUGUUGCUUUCCAUAAAUUUUUAAUUUUUGAAUUAAGCCAACUAAACAAUACAAAACAAAAAAAAAAUACCACAAAACAAACAAUUCUAAACGAAAAAUUAUGUUUUACAAUUAAAAUACCUAUAUUAUUGUAAAAAGCUUAAACGUAAACAAAAAACAACACAUUAAACUUAGAACUACCACAUAUGCGAGAUAAUACGGAAAAAUAAAUUCUAAUUUUUCGAAAGACAUGUUUACGAAAGAUAAUUUUGUUGUUUUAAUUUUUUUCCUAAGUUUCAUUCUCGAUUGUCUUCAAACAUGUACAUACAUAUCGCCAAAGAAAAUUUGCAAAUCUAAAACUUAUCGUGGAGAGAUAGGAAGGAAACCCAAAAUGCAGAAAAAAGAAUGCUCAAGCUGAAACAGAAUGGUACGGGUAGUAAAAAAUACCCAAACGUAUAUAAAACUCUAAUAAUAAAUGGCAACAAAAUAUCAGGAAAAAUAAACUGAAGCAAGUUGGACCCAGAACGAAGUUUUUUAGUGAGGAGAACAAGUAGCAGAAAAAUUUCAACUUAAGACGUAAGUCACGUAACCUAAAACUUUUUAGAGACAGAGUACAGAGUUCGGAACCAGAUGGAACAACAUCAUGAAGAAUAUUUAUUUUGUAAAAGCAGGGAAAAGCGAAACUGAAACUUUUACUCAAGCAUUCCACAUAGUAAACUUAAUCGAGACGAAAAUAUGGAAAAUUUCCAAAACAAAAAGAAGAAAAAAAACAAAACAAAAGCAAAAGCAAAAAAUUGUAAAUUUUGAGGCAAAUGCAAAUUGAAAUGCUCGCGCGUGCUCGUGAAUAUCUAAACUUAAAAGACGUAAAGUAAAUGUAAAAGUAAACUAAAGUUAAACUAAAACGUAACGUAACGUAAUGAACUCCGUUUCAAAGGACACUUAGUAAGAUACAGAUACAAAUACAGACACAGCAUAUAAAUUAAACAAGCAACUUAUUUCGAAUACACCCGAUUAAGGGAUAAGCCCGUGGACAUUAGUUUAUUGAUAAAGUGGCGCUUCCUUUGCAAGUUUAACACUUCUAAGCCGAACAGCAGGAGACUUGUAAUGUUUUCGGUUUUGGAUAAUCCACGGAAUCGAAACUAUGGCAGUCCUUCGUUUCAAUCCGAAUCUGAAUCUGAAUCUCUCUCUAUGUCUGCCUCUUGCUUCAAAGCGUUGCAUUGUCAAAGUUAAGCAAUAUAAAUUGCAUAUAUACAUAUAAACAAAUAUAUAUAAAACGAAAUAAAUAAAUUAUACAUAUUUAAUGACUAUACAAAGGCCGAAUAUAUAUGUAUAUAUUCAUUUAUGUAUACACCUAUUUAUAUGAGAGGAAGCAGCCGAAGCUGAAGCUAUACAACUCUAUCAAUAUGGGAUAGCAUAGUUUACACUUUUUCUAUGGAGCGAUUUAUAGUGUACGAUACACAAGAAUUAGAGCAGAAGAGCCAGAGGCGUCGUCGGUUUCGACCCCUUCGAACUCCCCGAGCAAUAUGCAUGCGAUAUACGCGGUAUGCCAUAGUCGAGCUAUCUAGAACCGACUUUCGUAUUACAGCAGGGCCUUUCCUCCUCGAUCCCCACCAGUUUUCGUUCUUCUGCCAUUGGUUCUUCCUACUCCCUAUUUUUCGACACAUCUUUGCCAAGUUCUGCAGUUGCAGAAACAAAAGUAAAUACGAAUAAAACCAAAAGAUCUAUAGCAAUAACUAAGAACACCAUGAGCGAUUGGAGAGAAAGAGUUUUUGGGCCCAGGCCGAAGUAAGAAAAAAACCACAGAAAAGUUGUGAAAAUUUGAAAAUGCGAAAAGUAAAGAAGUUAAGUACAGUAGAGGAAUAAGUGUAGCGAGAGUUUUGGCAAAUAAAAUGCAGAGAACACAAGCAACAGAAAAACAGAAAAAUAAUGAAUAAUAAUCACCGACAAAUUGAGAUUUAAUAAAGAUUUAAUUACUUACAAAA